AUGGACAAGUGGGUAAUUCGAAAGGGUGGCCCGGCAAAAGAUGGAGCAAAAACUUUAUCUGAAGACACAAAAGCAAAAACAAAGAAAGACGAAACGAAAGACCAAAAAAACAAAAAAAAUGUAAAAGAUGAAAAACAAGUAAAACCUUCUUCUGAAAAGGAAUUCAAAACACCAUCUCGUAAAACCUCAAAAAAGAAAGUCAAAAAAGUUUCCAAAGUGAAAAAUGAGAAGGAGAUUGAAAAUGACAAAACGAACGAACAUUUAAGCGAUGAAAAUUCUGAAGAAACGUCGAGCGAUGGCGACUCGAUCAAGUCAACUAAACCGAAAAAGUCUUCAAAAACAAAGUCGACUUUGGUCAUUGUCAAAACAACAACACCAAUUCAACAAGUCAAAAAGGUAAAGCCUAAGGCAGUCAAGACGACACACUUUACACCAUUUUCACACGACACAACUGCUAAGAACAAAGGAUCCAAAUUUGUUCCUAAAGGAAAAGGAACAUUUUUCGGAGAGGAUGAAUUCGAGCGCAAAAAUUUUGUGUUGACAGGAGUCUAUGAAGAACUGGACAGAGACGAGAUGAAGAAUUUUAUUCAAGACUUCGGAGGAAAUGUCGCCACUUCAAUCAGUGGGAAGACUCAUGUCAUAGUGGCAGGUGACGACGCUGGACCGUCCAAACUUGCAAAAGCACAAGAGAAAGGGUUGCUUGUGUGGAGUGAAGACGAUGUUUUAAACUACGCGAUUAAGAAGUUGGGGAUUACUGACACUACAAUUAAAAGUACGUCGGGAACCACUGAAAAUGGUGGAAAGGAUAAAGGCGAAGUAAAGAUAUUAUCUGUGAACAAUGACAACGACAUUUGGACGGAGAAGUACCGACCACAGACAAUCGAAGACCUCGUCGGCAAUAAAACCCAAGUUAUGAAGUUCAAGAAGUGGUUAGAAUCGUGGAAGAACGUAAUACCAGACAGACAAGCGGUUUUGUUGGCAGGAUCUCCGGGUGUUGGGAAGACGACAACCGCAAAAAUACUUGCCCGGGUGAUGGGGUACAAUGCUGUUGAGUUCAAUGCGUCAGAUGUAAGAAACAAGAAAAGUGUCAGUGCUGAGUUGAAGAAAGUGUUGCUUAACGGACAGAUCAGUCGUGGAGAAACAUACAAACCCGCUCUUGUGAUUAUGGACGAAGUCGACGGAAUGUCGUCUGGUGAUCGAGGUGGAAUUGCUGAACUUGUCCAAUUCAUCAAGAAGACUACAUCACCAAUUGUUUGUAUAUGCAAUGAUGUGAUGGACAAAAAGAUGCAAUCAUUGGUCAAUGUCUGUGAGACAAUUAAUUUUGUGAAGAUCACACCCAACGACUUGGAAACGCGUUUGAGUGUGAUUUUAAAGAACGAAAAUAUCGAAGUCGCGAGCGAAAAGAUCGAGGAAAUUGCAAAGAAGUCGCACGGCGAUGUGAGGUACGCGAUCAACGUGUUGCAAACUUUCUGCAAAUGUGGAAUGAGUAUCGGUGAAAAGAACGAGGAUGUCGACUACAUCGAGAUUAUCCCGACGCUUAUUACACAAUAUUGGAAGACAAGUUUCAACGAAAAGAUCAACCUAUUCUUUAUGGACACUUUCAUGGUGCCGUUUUAUUUACACGACUCUUUGUGGAGGGGGCAGCAGUUGAGUCACUUAGGAAAGGCGUUGCAAUCAUUCUGCCUUGGUGAUAUAUUCCAAAACUGUGUGAUGAAAACUCAGAACUGGAAGCUGAUGCCAACUAGUGGGCUCUUUAAACUUGGGAUAACUACAUUCUACGGGCAGACGAAGAAUGGCGCAAUGAAGGUCAUGUUCCCGAAAACACUCGGGAAGGUUAGCAAGAGAAAAGGAAACCAGACUCGGGUUAACUUGGUAACUUCGAAGCUGCCAGGACGGUUUUUGACGAACAGAUCCUUUGCAGCCAGACCAAUGAUGUACAUUAGAAACACGAUAAUGAGAGUGAUGGAGACGGAUCCCAAAAAGGCUGCAUUGAUUGCACAGCACUUUGGCAUUGAAAAGCUUGUUUGGGACGAGUUAGUAAAAAUUGGCACGUCACUCGAAAAGACUGAAUUAUUUAAAGAAGUCUCGACAGGCAAAAAGGCUCAAUUUACGCGAGAACUAAAAGUGCUGACGACAGGUAUUGUCUCAAAGGGAAAGAAAGGGAAAAACACCAAAAAUGAAGACGACGACUUAGGAAAUCCCGACAUUGAUCUUGGGGAGAUGAGUGAAGAUGAUUAUGAUUAUCAAGACGACGCACCAGAAUAUAUACCAGACGAUGAAAUUUUUUGA